AUGACCGACCAAAGCUUUUCUGGGGCCCUAACAACUUGGAGAGAAAUCAAUCUAUCCGAACUACAGAAGACGCUUGACUCGCAGGGCAUUGAAAUUGUGGACAACCAGAAGGAUAGUUUUGUAGGACGUAAAGCACUCGCGGACAAGACUAAAGAUUUCAAGAAACUACCUGAUGAAAACAAACUUGGCGCUUUCAAGGGUCUUCUCAAAGCUUACCAGACUGAAAUCGACAAUCUUACAAAACGUUCCAAAACCUCGGAAUCUGCAUUCUUGAACGUAUACAAAGUCCUAGCUGAGGCUGUUGACCCUUACCCACUCUUAGAGGCGGCUGUGGAUCAGACUGUUAAGGCUUCCGAGGUCCGUGACCUCGAAACAGAAAUCCGCAAACUGCGAGAUGAGAAUGCCGAGCUGCGCAAACGCUCCAACGACCAGUCAAAUGUGGAAGCUGCUCGAAGGAAAGCAGAAGCAAAAACCGAACAACUGGAACAGAAGAUGGAAGAGAUAAUCCAAGAACGCAUAACGCAGAAGGAGAAUGAAUUCAACGCCACUCAUGACGAGAAAUUGCGAAAUUAUGAAGAUCGUGAACAGGAUCUUCGAAGACAACUAUUACUGACGAAAAGCCAAUUACGAGACCUCCGAAUGUUCAAUGAAUCGAACCAAGCAAAGCUCUUAGAUCACAGCCAACGACAAGAUCAGGAAGCUGUCGAAAAGUUGGCGGAAGUAGACAUGAUUGUCGCGGACCUUGAGCGUGCUAAUAGUCGUGUCGCUGCUCUUGAGCGACGCAAUGAAAUGCUUCGUGCAGAAGCUGAAGCAAUGCGCGGCGAUACCGAAUCCUCUGAGCGAGUCAAAUCGUUGAACGCACAAGUAGCUAAUCUGGAAGCUGAAACAGAACGGAUAUCGCGCACGCUGGACACCCAUAAAGCCGUUACCACCGAGAUGGAGACCUCCUUACGCAAAAAGAUAGAAGAGAUAUCUAAAGAUCUCCAGCGCAAGGUGGCAGAGGUUAAUCAACUCAAGCAACGUCUGAAGCAAUACAGUGACUAUGACGAAAUUAAACGCGAGCUAGACAUCAUGAAAUUUGUAGAGUUCGCAGGAUUCGAAGACGAACCAGAAGACGAUCAACUCCAGAUACAAGAUCAUGAGCUCGGGGUCCAUUUACCUAAUCCCAAUGCAGACAAAGCUAAUGCUCAGCAAGGAAAAUCUCUGGAAGCCCUUUUAGCUUCCAAGAACAAACGACUGUUGGAAGAGUUGACUAAGUUCAGGAUUCUGCACGGAGAAUUAGAAACAUCACUUCAACAUGCUCAAGGACAACUUGAUUCUACAAGCACAGAACUAGAAAAACAAAAAACUUUGAAUGAAAAGCUGGAAAACGAUUUACUGUCUCUCAACAAGCCUAAUGGUCACGUUUCUCCGUCUGGGUCAUCCGAUGUCUUGGCCGGACUGGAAGUUGUACAAAAGGAGUCUUCCUCAAGAAGCACCCCAAUCCCUUUCGCUUCCUCCGCAGACAAUACUAUUCUUCCUAUUGUCACAAGUCAACGCGACAGGUUCCGUCAAAGAAAUGCAGAACUCAAAGAGGAGCUACAAAAACAAUUUCAUGCGAUAUCCGAACUUCGCGCUGAAAUGAAAAACCUACAGUCGGACAAUUUGAAAUUGUAUGAAAAGGUUCGAUACAUGCAGAGCUAUCGAGAAGAAUCCGGUGGCCGUGCGGUGACUUCUCAACUGGAUCCUUUACCAGCACCUGGGGAAAGUGCUGAUGACAUGAGUAUAUAUCGCGCCCGUUAUGAAGCCAACAUCAACCCUUUUGAGGCAUUCAGAGGUCGUGAAGCCACUCGAGCCAUUCAAAACCUCAAUCCAAUAGAACGAGGAGUCCUCAUUCUUACACGAACCAUUCUAGGCAACAGACGUGCAAGGACUUUCUUUAUUUUCUAUGCAUUGACACUGCACCUCCUCAUCAUGUACACAACAUAUGAACUGAGUACAUCGUCUGGGUCACAACUCCAAAUUCAACCUUAUCCAUGA